AUGAGCUUCAACUUGGACAGCACUGGCCAAGUUACAAGAGGAGAAAGGCUUAGUGUCAGACCAUUGCAAAAUUCUCAGAUUGCGGAUACGGAACUAUCAGUUCAGCGUUCGGAUUCAACUAAGGCUGUGUGUUUUGGUGAUAGCGCAGGAGGAAAACUUACUGCUGCUUUAGCAGGCAACCUCGAGGGACAGGAACACGUUCAACUACUUAGCACUGUAUCGCCCUUGCAUGCUAAUGUCAAGGAGCUGAAGCAUCUGGCUUUAGCUCUUAUAGUCACUGCGGAAGCUUACAUUCUAAGCGACGACGGUGAAGCGUAUGCAAAAACAUUGAAUAAGGCUGACGUGCAUGUGGUUGCCAUCUACACGCUCGGAACAAUACAUGGAUUCUUAAACAAUUAUGCUACGGGAUGUACAACGGUUACCAUGUUGAACCAGACGAUCGACUUUUUGCACCAACAUUGA